AUGACAAUCGGUUUUAGAAUUUCCAAGCUUGUUGCGCCCAUAGUCGGGAACGUAAUUUGUUUAUCUCGAGCCCAAUUUAGUGCUGUAAAAAUGAGUAAUAAUCCUGAUUACAAAGCUGCGACAUCCAUCCAUGAAUUCACAGUGAAGAAUAUAAAGGGCGAAGAUGUAAAACUUGAUGUUUAUAAAGGUCAUGUCUGCAUUAUUGUGAAUGUGGCCUCACAGUGCGGGCUCACUGCGAAUAAUUACAAGCAAUUGAACGAAUUAUACGAGAAAUAUGCCGAGGACAAAGGUCUGCGCAUCCUAGCGUUCCCCUGCAAUCAGUUUGCCGGCCAGGAGCCUGGUAACCCUGAGGAUAUUGUCUGCUUUGCAUCAGAAAGGAAAGUGAAGUUUGACCUAUUUGAGAAAAUUGAUGUCAACGGAGAUGGUGCCAGUCCAUUGUGGAAGUUCUUGAAGCACAAGCAAGGAGGUACUCUGGGCAAUUUCGUGAAAUGGAACUUCACCAAAUUCAUUGUGGACAAGGAUGGAGUCCCAGUUGAGCGCCAUGGACCCAAUGUCGACCCAUUGGACCUGGUGAAAUCCCUGGAGAAGUACUGGUGA